AAGAACAUUCUUUUGUGCGAGUUCAAAGAAACGUGUUCGAUUCGCAUGCUUCUUGAGGAACAGAACGCUUGAGUGACUUACCAAGUUUCAAUUACUAACCAGAGCGCAUUUGUUUUAUUUAGUGGCAGUAUUCAGUUUUUUUCUGUUUGUCUUCUGUUGGCUUAAAGAAUGGAGGAAGCUAAUACAGUAUUUUAUGAAGGCUUGGACAUGUUUUACGAAACACAGUCUGUGACAUGGAGAGCAAAAUAUAAGCAUGUGUUGUUUGAAAAAAUGUACGAUACAUUCCUUAAACCCCGUAUAUUACAAGCAAAACUUAACAAUCUAAGUGCUAAAGAGACUGUCGAGCUCCUGGCCCCCAAAAUUGGAGAGUGGAUUCGUAACAAUUCAGUUCGAGAACGAUUGAACUUGCGCAACGAUGUAAAUUGUCGAUGUAAUUGACCAAAGCGGCUCAGCUACGGUCCCAAGGAAGAAAAAUGUUUCACCCGAACGUGAAACGCUACAUCGAGGCCAUCAAGCUGUACAAUGAAAGCAUCGCCUUUUCCGAAAAAGGAUCGACAGAAAGGGCAUUGGCCUAUGUAAAUCGCUCAAACAUUUGUCUGAAGAUGCAACGCUUUGAAGAAUGUCUGAAGAACAUUCGGCUUGCUCGUGAGUCAAACUAUCCUGGAGAAAAGUUGAUUCAACGCGAAAAAGAGGAUAAAAAUGCUUUGGCAAAGGCUCGGAACAAGAAUGCUUCAUCGAGCAAGGUUUCUCCGGAUGUGGUGGAAGAGCCCGAGCUAAGCUAUCCGGUCAAAGAGAAUGCGCCGCAAGUUGCCAACUGUCUGGAACUGCGCAAAAACGAAGAAUAUGGACGACAUGUGGUUGCCACUCGUAAGCUGAAGGUGGGCGAUGUCGUGAUAAUCGAAAGGCCGUUUGUUACCGUGCUGAAGGAUUCAUUCCGAUAUGUGCGAUGUGAUUUCUGCCAUGGCGAACGACCAUUCACAUUGAUUCCGUGCGAAGGAUGUACAAUGGCCAUGUACUGUUCGGAGGAAUGUCUGAGUAAAGCGUACAACAAGUAUCAUCGAUAUGAGUGCGGGCUUUUACGAGACUUGUGGGAAGUUUUCGAAGAAGUUCCCUUGAUUGCUAUUCGCAUGAUUGCCAUUGCGAUCGCCACCUUCGAUAAUAAUCCAGAGGCAUUGAAGGAUCAUCUCGAUGCACUGGAUGAAUCCAAUGUUAACGGGUUUACGAUGGAUUGGAAUAAAGCAACGCAACAGGACAUUUUCAACACGGUGCACGUGUUAACCACUAAUCAAGAACGGCGAGACAGCAUGUUUGUUGCAAUGUUCAUCUUCAAUGCUACCAUCCUACAUACCCUUGUUCUGGAAAGAACAGAGCUGGGACCGGUGUGCGAAGCAAACCCUGCAACAAACAAGAUUUUACUAGAUUUGAUCCUACGAUAUGAGCAAAUCGUGGAAUGUAACAGCAAAUUGUUGUCCUUUAAUGCGUACAAGGUGAAGGAAUACGUGGCUGAAUCAUUUGCAGUGGGUUGCUACCCAUUGAUUAGCAUGCUGAACCAUUCCUGUGCUCCCAACGUGCAACGCAUCACUUUGCCCGAUGGGCGGUGUGCCGUUUUUGUCAUCCGUCCAGUUCUCGAAGGAAGUCAACUGUUCGAUUGCUAUGAAGCGGAUCACAUAUCGGAUGAACGAGCAAAGAGGCAAUUAAUGUUGUCAUUCACGUACAGCUUCCGAUGCACGUGUGAAGCAUGUACGUUCAAUUAUCCUUCAAUUAAUUGUAAUAUAUCAAAAAACAGAAAAAAAACUGUUCUAUUAUAAUUCGAUACUGAAAACACAUGAUUCUAAGAAUGUGCGCAAACUCAUGUCGCAGCUACGGCAUUUUCUUAAUGAAACACAAAAAUUGUAUCCAGCAGAUGAAGUUUGCAUUAGUCAGAUAACGUUUGUACGGUCUCUUCAAAUAUUGUACAACCAAACAUCUGAAAAUGCAGAGUAUUGGAAACACUGCAAACCGUAGCUAAUAUUCCCAGAAAAAUGUGUGAGGUUCUGAGUACAACUGAGUUAAAUUCCUUACGUAUAUUUUUAGCGCGGGUUUUUACACAUUUGAUGUUCGUUCAAUAUGCCCCUGAAUUCGAUAUGCUGAUAAUAAACUGAUUUUUUCUUUUUGAUAAAUAACAACUUAA